AUGGAGGAGGAGCAAAGAAAGGAUAUGCCUUCUGCUGAAUUGAUCAAACCUGGUGAAAAAUACACAUGGGAUGGUACUUUGUCUCUCCACAUGCGUGUUCAUGUUAUGAAUGAUAAGUUACAGCGUGAUGAAAGAGCGUGUUUUACUGGUCCCACUCUAAACUCGGAGAACGUCUACCCCAUUUCCGAGUAUUUUAAAAAGAUAGACGCGAAGACCGACUGA